CGUCUUUUCAUAAUGGCUUAUAAAGAUGUUUUUGAACUCGACUGUACUAGACGUCCCAGCUACUUAAGUGAUCUUCAGUGCACAACGAGCCUCACUCGGCAAAGUGUGUAAGGUGUUUGUUGCAUGGUGUGAAAUCGACUACGACACCACGGGACAGGUAGAAUUAUAUAUUUUCAUUUGUUUUUGCUUCAAUUGACGAUACAAUUUAGUAUUUUUUUGACAAACUUGUAUUUGCUUAUGUCAUUUGUUGUUUUUUUUACUUUUGUGUAUGUAUAACGAAAUACCUUAUUUUAUUUUUAAUCUUAAGGUAAUAAACCCUCUGGAUGCCAUCUGCAACGUGCCGCGUAACGAUGCAGUGUGUGUGAGCAACCUCAAAUCCGCCUCGCCUAUGGAAAAGAACAUUUUGCAAGAGCGGCCCGAUGUAAAGAUCUUCUUGCCCUUCCGAUUUUUCACCUACAAACCAGACCAAUUAUUUGUGGAGAACACUUACAAGAAUUAUUUAGUGGCAAUCGAUGGGGAUCACGUGCUAAGCUUAGUCGAUGAGAUAUCAUACCGCACGGCACCUUCGCCACCCAUCUCACAGCUCCACGAAAUACCACCAGAGGUGUUCUGCAAUGGUGACAACCGCCCUCCCAACUGUGGGGAAGACUGCCGCUGUACCCAUAUGAUCGACAUACCCUUGAACGCUAUAGUUGAAAUAGUACUGAUUGACGAAGUCCAAAGUCAAAACCUCUCCCAUCCGUUCCACAUUCACGGCAACAGUUUCCGCGUCAUCGGCAUGGGUCGGUCCCCAGACAAGAGCAUUUCGAAAAUAAACCUGAAACAUGCCCUAGACCUGGAUCGAGAAGGUUUACUCAACCGGCAAUUUGAUGACCCGCCGUCGAAAGACACUAUAGCCGUGCCUAACAAUGGAUAUGUUGUGCUGCGGCUGAAAGCUGAUAACCCAGGAUAUUGGUUGUUCCACUGCCACUUCGUGUACCAUAUAGUAAUCGGCAUGGCUACAAUAAUCCACGUAGGCACGCAAGAGGACCUACCUCCCCUGCCUCCCCACUUUCCAAGAUGUGGAGACCACGUCAUCGAUAUCGCUCCUCCGAUCUUCAACUUAUACUGAGAGUGAUCGGUUCAUCAUAGCAUUCGAUCUCACUAAAUGUGAAGAGAUUCUUCCGGAAUCUUUAUCAACAAUAUGCAAUCGGAUGACUGCCAUAACUAAUUCGUGUACUUAGAUAAAUAUGAAAGACAUGCUGCAUAUUUUUGUUUAGUUCAUGAAAGCAUGGCUGACAUUUGGUAUGGUCUAUGGUGCGAUGGAAACUAUUGUGUAUUUUUUUAUAUUUAUAGCUUACGGCAUAGUAUGAAGUGCCAGGUAGACAUGAUCAUGAACUAGUAGAGUUUGUGUAGAAAGAGAGGAGUCGUAAAAUAUUGGGAUCCUUUCCAUUCCUCGACUUUUCUUUUUCC